CAACUAAGCAACAUGCAACUUCAAGAAUAAAUUUGACAGGCUUACUUUUGCCUGAACUGUUGCCAUCUUAUCAGGAUCAAAGCUGAAGUCUCGUCUCUUGACAGCUCCAGAAGCUGGAUGGUCCCCUCUUGAUCCUCUUGAUCCCACGAAUACCACCUGCCAUGCCAAGCUUUGGCUCACCUCAUCUGGAGCCCAACAAUCAUGCACAAAUCCCUGCCGCCUCUAGACGCGGCAUGGGACCCGACCCUGCAGACCGACGAUGGAGAGGAGUACUGCUGGACGCCGCUACAGCUCGCCGCCAGAAGCGGAGACCUGGACCAAAUCCGCGCCAUUCUUGCCGCCGACCCGACGGCCGUCAACGAACCCCCGCACGGGUACUACGGACAGACGGCCGUCCAGGCUGCAUGCAUGCACGGCCACGAACAGGCCGUGCAGAUGAUGGUCGACGCCGGCGCCGAUAUCCACUUUUGCGGAGGCAACAACUUCCAAAGGAACGCCUUGCAGAUCGCCUGCGGACACGGCAACGAGAAGGUCGUUGAUAUCCUGCUCAGCGCGGGGGCCAGAGUCGACGAGGUGUCAUUGAAGCCUGUGCCGCAUCAUUCAGGGUACAGGUCACCAACAACCUCAUCGUCGUCGUCGGUGGUCGUGACGCGGUAUAACGGAAGAACGGCACUCCAGGCAGCAGCAGAACGAGGACACGAGCAGCUCGUCAGCCGACUGCUGCAACUGGGAGCCGACGUGAAUGCCCCGCCAUCACCGACGGCGGGGUACACGGCACUACAAGCCGCAGCGGGGGGCGGUUACUUGGCGAUAGUGAAGCUUCUUCUCCAACGCGGGGCUGAUAUCAAUGGGGCCUCGGCAAAGUACAAGGGCUACACGGCUCUUCAGGGCGCGUGUCUGCGAGGUCACCUCGAGGUCGCCGACCUUCUUCUUCGGGAAGGCGCUGAUGUCCACGCCGUGGGAGGCAUUUACGGGGAUGGGAUGGCUUUGCACGCGGCAGCUGAGACAGGUCGAGUGGAUGUGAUUGAGCGCUUGUUGGCGGCCGAUGCUGAUGUGAAUGCUUGUAGCUUCAAGGGGCGAAGAGGGCAGACUGCGCUGCAGAGCGCUGCGGUUGGAGGUCACGAGGAAGCGAUGCAGGUUCUGAGAAACCAUGGUGCUGUAGGAAAGACGGGGGGAGGAAGAUUCUUGUUUCCUUGAGCAGUCAUGUAUUGAGCAGAGACUGUAUAGUUGUGUAUCGCAUGUUGAUCGACUGGAAGCUCGAUAGCCCAACAUCAGUUUCACUCGCCUCCAUGUUCUCGAGUAGCCUCCACCAUUGACUAACACUACC